CUCCCAAAACUUUCCCUGGCAGCUUCAAGCAAAGAACACUAUCGACACGUGCCUCUGCUUCAUCAUCCUGCACCGACGCGCAUUCAUCCGAAACACUUCAAACUUCUCCGCCCAGCACAGUCAAUAUGGUCAAGCUUGAAGAAGUGCCCGACGAGGAGCUCUUUGCCUCGCAGCAGGGCCCCAAGGACGACGAGGACGAAUGGGACACGGAUGAUGCGGAAUCCGAAGUCUCAGACGUCGACGACGAUGAUGCCUACGACGAAUCGCUCCUCGACCGCGUGUACGCCCUCAAAGACAUUGUUCCUCCGACGUAUCGCAAACGCAUCAACAACAUUGCCGAAACAUCAUACUCGUGGGCCACCAGUGCCGCCAGAUUCAGCGGGAAGAGUUUGUGGGUGAUUAGCACGAGCGCACUGCUGCUUGGUGUGCCGUGGGCAUUGGCUUUCAGCGAGGAGCAGCAAGUGCAGGAGAUGGAGCGGGAAAUGAGAAUGCAGCAGAGUGCGAACGAGCUUCUCACACAGCCGGGUGGCCAGACCGGCGCAAAGCCAGCAUUGUAAGAGAUCAAGAUGGACUGUACAGUUUCGGAGCAUAGUAGCGACUUUAUGUGCCACGCAGGGCUUGUGUAGCGCUUGUAUUAUAUUCUCUGCUCAUUCGCUGUAUCGACUGAGACGCAGAGCUCAUCCGCCUUCGUAUCAGAUUCCCCAUUGCACACUGGACCGAUGGAGCUCACAGC